UAACUUUCGGAGUUUCAAAAAGCAAACAAUCAAUUUUUUGUAGCUUUUACAAAUAGACAUUUUUCAAUUCAAAUCAAUUUCCUGUAAUAUGAAAAUUCUUAGACUUCCGCAAAAUCUUUUACAAAAAUAAUUCAGCUGAUCGAAAAAUUGGUAGUAUAUAUUCCCGUUUGAGAAGAAGAAGAGUGCACGCAGAUAAAAUGCACAGAUUAUGUCAAAAAUUAGUGAAAAGAAUUCGCAUACCUUCGGUAAAUUACUUAUCUGAUUAUGGACGCAAUGAUCUGAACGAUGUUGUCAUUGCUUCUGCCGUACGUACGCCCAUUACCGGCUUCAAUGGUCAGUACCCGGCUUUACCGGUAACCAAGUUAGGCGCUGUGGCUAUCGAUGCAGCGCUUAAACACUCUGCUGUACCACCGGAAUCGGUGCAGCAAGUCUAUUUUGGCAAUGUCUUAGCUGCUGGUGUUGGGCAGGCGCCUGCACGUCAAGCUACACUCUUAGCCGGUUUGUCAAAACAUGUCUGUUGCACAACAGUAAGCGCCUCCAGUGUGACUGGUAUGAAAACAAUUAUGUUUGCCGCACAAGCUGUUAGAUUAAAACUAGCAGACGCCGCAAUAGCAGGCGGCAUGGAGAGUUUAUCUAAUGUACCUUAUUAUAUGCCGAGGACAUAUCUUCAUGCUGGGGAUUUCGCUAUGCAAGAUGGUUUAGUUUCAGAUGGUAUUCCGGAGGAGUAUAAAAAUAAAUUUCCUAACACACCAGGAAUUACGAAAGAAGAUUUCUUAAAUUAUGCCAAAGAAUCAAAUAUGCGUAUGCGUAAAGCAUCUAGAGCGGGAUUUUUCGAUUUGGAAUUGGUGCCAUUACGUAUAAUGCAGCACUCCAGAAUACCUACUAUCGUGACUGAGGAUGAAGAGCGUCCAUUACAAAGUAUGGAGGAGUUGAUAGAUAAUGAGCACAUGUCACCAAUGAUGGGCGAUGGUGCAUCCGCCUUGGUUUUAACUACAAAUGAAAGAGCUAUACAAUGGAAUAUAAAACCACUAGCUCGAAUAAUAGCAUAUAAUGAAUCAAAAACAAAUGGCUCCGAUGUUUUAACAGCGCCCACACUGGCUAUAAAGCGGUUAUUACAACAUACUAAUUAUACGACAAAAGAUGUGUCUUUAUGGGAGCUUGACGACUCAAUUUCAGCCGUGCCGUUGGCUGUAAUAAAGGAAUUGGAUUUAAAUCCAGAACAGGUGAAUGUACAUGGUGGAGCUGUAUCCUUUGGUAAUCCUAUAGCGAUGUCGGGUGCGCGCUUAGUAACACAUUUAGCGCAUGCUUUAGAACCAGGACAAAUAGGUUGUGCAGCGAUUACAAAUGAAACAGGAAAUGCAUCCGCACUAUUGAUUGAAAAAAUUUCAUAUAGUGAGGGCAUCACAAAUAGUAUUCCUCAUUUAACAUUAUAUACUAAGGACAACUGUGCAUUAUGUGAUGAACUACUAAGUGAAUUGGAAAUAUAUUUUGACGGUCAAUAUACAAUAGAGAAGGUAGACAUCACACAAAAGGAGAACGUGCGGUUUUUGCGUCUUUAUCGUUAUGAUAUUCCAGUGCUUUUCUUUAAUGGACAGUUCCUGUGUAUGCAUAAAUUAAAUGUGAAUCUUUUAGGCAGAAAAAUGGAAGAAUUACGAAUGAAAAACACAAGUUGAGAAAAUAUAGCAUAAUAUGUACUAAAUGAAAUGCUAGAAAGAAAACAAAUUAAUGCAAAACCAUAUAUUGUUUAAAAUAUGAAUAAAAAUAAAUUCAAUUUAUUUAAAAUUA